GCACACCCAUGUGACCGCUCCGGCGGGCGGGCAGAAACGGCCGCCCCGAGUAGUGGCGGCCUACCCGGGCCCGGCAAGCAGCAGCGUCCCCGCUGUUGAUUUUGUCGCUGCCGGGCCCGGCUGGGGGAGGUCGCCCCUCGAUGGGGAGGCCGAGCAGCCCCCCGCAGGCCGAGAUCCGCUCUCCGCUGUGGAUGUUGCCGGAGGAACUGCUGCUGCUGAUCUGUUCGUACCUGGACGCGAGGGCCUUGGGCCGCCUGGGCCAGACCUGUCGCCGCCUUUGCCGUUUCACCUCCCGGGAUGUGCUGUGGAGGCGCCUCGCCCGUUUCUGCCUCAACGCAGGCUUCAGCGCGCUGGGCGCCGACCUAGUGGCUGGGGUCCCAGUGAAAGAAAGGGUCAAAGUUUCUCAGAAUUGGAGGCUUGGACGCUGUCGAAGAAUUCCACUCCUCAGAUGGAAACGCAAUUUAAUGCCCUGGAUGCAGCUAGAUGGUGACUACCUCUAUCUAUCCCAAGCAGAAGACAUCCACCUUUAUUGGCUCCAUCCUAAAGAUGCCAGUUUGGUAUGGUGUCCUCAGACAGUUUUCUCUGGUCACCAGGAGGAUGUAUGCCGAUUUGUAAUUGAUAAUGGCCAUAUUAUCAGUGGAGGAGGAGAUGGAAAUAUUGCCCUCCAUAAACUUAAUGGUUCCUUCAGUUUCAAGAUCCUUGGGCAUGAACAGGAAGUGAACUGUGUGGACUGCCAAGGGUCUAUCAUUGUGAGUGGUUCUCGAGAUAGAACAGCAAAGGUUUGGUCCUUGUCAUCAGGCAGAGCUGGGCAGUGCCUGCACACAAUACAGACAGAAGAUCGGGUUUGGUCCAUUGCCAUUAGUCCACUAUCAAGUUCAUUUGUGACUGGAACAGCAUGCUGUGGACAUAAUUCACCUUUGAGAAUUUGGGACUUAGAGAGUGGGCAGCUGAUUACCUGUCUUGGAACAGACUUCCACCGAGGAGCUGGAGUCUUGGAUGUUUUCUAUGAAACACCUUCAACUUUGCUGUCUUGUGGAUAUGAUACCUACAUACGAUACUGGGAUUUAAGAACAAGCACAAAGGAAUGUGUGAAGAAAUGGGAAGAACCACAUGACAGUGCCCUAUAUUGUAUUAGAAGCAAUGGAAAUCAUAUGAUUGCAAGUGGCUCUUCUUAUUAUGGAGUGGUACGUCUUUGGGACAAACGGCAAACCAGAUGCUUGCAGAGCUUCUCCUUGUCAUCGCCUAUCAGCAGUCCUGUAUAUUGUCUACGUUUCAGCACCACCCAUCUCUAUGCGACCCUGGCAUCAGCACUGUAUGUCCUUGAUUUCACUACCUCCUGACACUGAUAUGCUUGGACUUCAGACUUGAUAGUCAGCUCAGGGAGCACAAAGAAAGUAUAACAUCCUUGAGACAAUAAACAACCAGUGGUAAAGAAGACCCCAUUUCUGCCUUCUGGUGUCAAUAAAAUCUAAUGUAUCCUUCCAACCCAAUAUUUUGUACGCUUUUGGUUUUGGUUACCUUUCUUAUUCCGAGAAAGGCAUAAUUCAGUAAGUCUUAGGAUGUGCAUAUUCUUUGGUACCAGCAUAGUUUGGGCUUCUGAAUGUUGCAUGUUCAAUAUAUUUCAUUGUGAUAAUUUAAUUGAGGAGGAAGCAACUAUAUCUGGACACUGAAGUAGGGUGGUAAUAUUUUACUUCUGCUUCACUGACAUCCAUAACUUUUUCAUGAAUAAAUAUUGGGCUAUAAGAUGGAAUGCUUAGUUGGCUCUCUGUAAAUUAAAUCAAGUAUAAAUAUUGUUGUUUGGCACCAUAUAAGAACUGUUUUAUUGGAUCGAUGCUGUCAGGCCAGUGUGUUGAAUAAAUUAUUAAAAUAGCAUACAAAAAGUGUCUUUGAUU